CUCCGCUCAGCUGUCCUUCCCCUCGAGCCCCAGUUUUUUUAGUACCGUCUGCCCUGCGUCACUCCCAGUCAUCCUGAGGGAGAGGAGGCUGCGAGGCUGGACCAGAUCAAGCUAGGUACUGCGAGGAGGACGACUUCCGCUCUGUGUUGAUGGGAUGCUGGUGCUGAUGAGAGCAGGGUGACAGGGGCGUCGCUCUCUGUCAGACAGGAGCCUGCCGCUGACUCCUCGGGGUGCAGGUUGUUGAUGUGAUGUUGCUUCCCGACACUCACCUGUGAGCUCAUUCCUCUAGGACAAUAACAACACUGACCAAACGAGGCCUUCUGAUUGGCCCACACAGCAGCCAACCAGGAGGCUAGGUAUGAGUCACAGGGAAGUGACUGCACCUAUCUGCACUCACCUGAUCCUUUACCUGGCCGUGCUCAGACGCAGCAUCUCAUUACCUUUUCCAAUACAAUCCAUAACUGAGGCUCAUUGUGUGUGACGCUCCUGCAGUCAAGGUGUGUGUUUGGCUUCACGCAGACAAAGAGGAGAAGACAUGGCAGUCGCUAACUUCCAAUACAUCACUCGGAUGAGCAGUGGAUUCAAGGUGUACAUUUUAGAAGGUCAGCCUCACCUCAGAAGCGAGGACAGAUUCAGGCACAUCACAAAUGAACGCGCUCGAGCCCCUACUGUGUAUCCAAUCAAACGCAAGCGCAGCCAUGACAGAGGCCUGACACUGGAGGAAAGGCGAGAGCGUGUGCUGAGCAGAAGCAUCGGUAAAGCUGUCCAAAGAACAGUGCCAGCACCAGCUAUCUUUAACAGGCCCCAGAGUCCCACAUCCACCUGGAGUCCAACCCCCAGCCCCACCAGCCCUCUGCCCACCCAUGUCUACUACACACCAGUCAUGGAUGAACCCCUCGCCCUCAUCAAGAAGCCAAGGAAAGAACCAGAGAGCACAGAAGAGAAGGCUAAGAGCCCUGCCAACACUCAAAUCCAGAUGCGCCCCUCUGUGAUCACAUGCGUCUCCUCAUCCAGAAACCCCUUCUGCAGGUCUGACAUCCACAGGAACCCCUCAUCAGUGAUUUCCAAAUCCAGCUACGACCAUGUGGUCGAGGAGCAUUUCCAGAGAAGUCUCGGAGUUAACUACCAGCAAGCAGCUCGCUCCCAGCAGCUCUCCAUCAGCGUCUCGGUCGAUGACCACUUUGCCAAGGCACUGGGAGACAAGUGGCUGCAGAUCAAGUCCAAGUCGUCCUCCUGCUCCUCCACACCCCCCAGCAGCCCGAGCGUUACUCACUCCCCAACCUACAAAGAGUCCGCCAGCAGCUCAUCGCCAACCUCCAGCCACUGGUCCAUCAAUUAAAAGAUCUUAAAAGAAACUUUGUGACUUUUAACAUUUCACUGCGUGCAGCUCUGCUUGUUGAGCAAAAGCCAGCGCUAGCAUUGAGAGGGCAAGGGAUCAGAUGCAGGAGUGCUGUCCCUUUGGAGCGCCUUGUGUCCCGUCUGAGAAAAACUGACGCAGACGAAUGUAGCACGAAUCAGGAUGUCCUUUGUGUUUCAUUUCUCUCCCAUUUGCUUGUGGAUAGCAUCAGAAUAAAAAGAUUCUGUAGACGUGGGUGACAUGGGAUGAUUGAAAAAUCAUCAGUAAUCCUUUACAUUUCUGUUGUGUCAGCCUUUUUGACACUUUUAUUGUAUUAUAUUUAUAUUCUGAUACACCUGGGUGCCUUAUAGUCUCAAUGACUUGCCUAUCUGCUGUAUAAAAUAUGCUUUUAAGCUGUAUACAAAACAAAGACUUUUAAAAAGACUUUUAAAAAGACUUUUAAAAUAAAAACAUCAAACUUU